AUGUCUCAAGCGCGCCUUCUCUAUAGUCGCACCUUCUUCAACACAUCCUACCUAACCUUGCGCCACAACUUCUUCUCCACCAGCUACCAUGCGCAUCACUCCGUUCCCCUCCCCCUCCAGUCCCGAAUCCGCUGGUCCUACUUCUGGUACACCAGCAUCCUCGCCCUGGGAAUAACAACAGGCCUCGGUGCCCGCCACUUUGCCGCGCCACUCGGUCUCCCUGAACCCGGCUCUCGAGAAGACGAGCUCAUCCUCGACUCCCUCCGCCGCGACAUUGAUGCCAUAGAAAUAGUGCAAUCCCUACGCUCCCAGUCGUACAACCUCCAUACCGACACAGCCUUGCGAUCGGGGCCAGGCUUGACGUCUUCGCCGCCAGGUUCGAGUCGCAAGAUAUCGGCGUACAAAGGGUGGCUAGAAUUAGAUUUAGGUUUCGGGAGGGAGAGUGGGGGCAAGGAGGGGAUAUUGGGGGUUAUGAGUGGGACGAGGGGGUUGGGCGUACAGAGGGCUUUUUGGAAUGCCGAGACGAGGGAGAUGGUGGCUGUGGUUUGGAUAGGGGGCGGAUUGGCUGGGUGGCCGGGCGUUGCGCAUGGAGGGGCUAUUGCGACGGUCAUGGAGGAGGUUAUGGCGAGGAUGGUCAGGGGACCUGAGGGGGUUAUUGAACCGGUCCAUCGUCCAGACUCCCUCAGUGUAACCUACGCAAAACCGACCUACAGCCUUGAUUUCUACAUACUCCGCGCGAGCUUCUCGAAACCCGAUCUCCCGCAGUCUGAACCGCCACCAGAACCUGAAGCGGAGCCUACAAAGAGCUGGCUGGGCUGGUUGUCGCCUCAAAAGGAUCUUACGAAGAAGACUGAGGCUUCAAGAUCAAAACAGGAGAUCAUUGCGACACUGGAAAGUGUGGGUGGGGAUCUGUGUGUCAAGGCGAAGGGCACAUUCAAUGGGGCUAGUCCGUCAAUAGCAUAG